CUCUGUUUUUGUUUCUGUUUUAUAGAUCCAGUGGUGAAAAACAACGAUGGCGAGUCGGUAAAAGCAUCAUCGUGUCAGGAAAAAGAGAGGAGAUGAAGACGAUCUCUAUAUGGUGGUGAAGAAUAAUGAUGGUGAACGAAAUGAAUGUGUAUCAGUCUGUCUAAAAAAAAGAAGAAUUGAAGAAAAUGAACUCGCCGUCUAUACUAUAUUGGUGAAAUGAAUAAUAUAGUAUAUAUUCUUAAGUAUAGCUACCUAUGUACAGUUACCAUACUCUUUGAGACACAUUUUUAUACUACUCCUUAAAAAUGUAAUAAUAUGUCAUGUUUUUAAAUUUGAUAGGUCUCUUCUUUGUCAUUUUGUAUGACUGAUUGUAAUAUGAAAUUCAUUUUUUGAGUGUUGGACAAAUUUGAUUAUUUGGAACAUUAGUUUACUAUACUACUUAGACUAUAUGAAAUAUAAGAUAUGCAACAUGCUAACCAAGUAAAUGUGCUAACCAAGUAAAUGUGCUUUUAUAGAUUGUAUUUGGGUUUAUAGAUUCAUGCCUAGGGUUUAGAUUUACUAAGUAAAUAUUUGGGUAUAGUAAACCAUAUCAUAUACAUUCUAUUUGGGUUUAUACUUCCUUGAUUAGGGUUUAGCUUAAUCUAUUUAUUUAGGUUUAGGGUUUAGGGUAUAUUUGGAUUAUGGUUUAGUGACUAGAAUUUAGGAUUUAGUAUUUAGAAGGUGAGGGGGUAUGGUUGGGGUCAACAUUAACUUCUUUCAUGCAAUCAUAGACAUUUUAUAGUUUCACCAAUAUGUACUAUGUUAUUUAUUUUGUUCCAUUUUAUUUGGGUUUUGUGUUUAUAUUUGGGUUUAGGGUUUAUAUUUGAAUUAGGGUUUAAUGAUUAGAGUUUAGGGUUUAGUAUUUGAAAAUUUAUGUUUGGGUUUUGUGUUUAUAUUUGGGUUUAGGAUUUAUACACUUUUUAUUUUUUAAAAAUUUAUGUUUCUAUCCACUCAUUCUACUGCAUAUAGUAAAUAAAUAUGUUGUAAAUAAAUUUGUGACAUGAGUUCUUUUACGCGAAGUGUUUGUAAAUAAUAGUGAUUCAUUAUUAACCAGCAAUAAAAAAUUUUUGGGUGAAUUAAAUUGGUACGUGGCUGCAUGUGUUUCUAUCAAAUAAAGUAGUCUUAAUUUAAUGGGAAAAUUGGAUAAAUAGGACACUUUGAACUUGGAUUUGUCACAUUAGGAUUUCUAGAAGAUAUUUUAGGAAAAUAGGAUUUUAGAUCUUGUAAAAUACCAAAGUACCCUUAAUUUACCAAUUAUGUUGAAUUUAAAUUAUAAAUUAUAAUAAUUUUCGUAAUAGAUUUUAAUGUUACAAUUAAAAUCCAUAAAAAUUAAAAAAUAAAAAAAACACUAAAUGGGAAAAAAGGAGACGCGGGAUGCCGCAAACCUAAUUCCCCUUUCUCUUUGUCUUCUCCGUCGUAGACUCGUCGCUCUCCCACGGCGAUUUAGGGUUCAACGGUGAGAAGCUCUGUUCUUCGUCGGUGUUUCAUCAGCCCGUGGUCUCUACUCUCGUCUCCGUCACCAUCCUUUUCGAUCUCACUGAAGACACAACGGCUGCGAAUCGUUCUUCCUCUUCGUCGGGUCAAAUCGAUUUUCGAAGUGUUCUUCCAUCAAUUUCGCCUCUCAAUCUCACAAUUCUUCACAGAAGGUAUUGGAUUUCAUCUAUAGAUUCUCAUAUUAAACGAAAUCGAAGUGUUCUUCCAUUAAAGCUUGAUUUUUUUUAAAAAUGAUUUGGCGUGUUUCUUAAAAUAAUUUUGUUUCACGGAUUGGUUAAACAUCUUAUACAUUAUUAUUUGUGUGAUGAUAUUGAAACUUUUACAUGUUGAACUAAUAAUUUUGUCACGGUUUGUAGCUAUGUCUGAGGAGCUACCAAAGAGGCUUUUUAAGGAGGGCGAGGAGCCCCGAGUUACUCAGAUCAACAACAACUGCAGGAUCGACUACAUAAUCCGAAAGUUCCAAGCGUGGCUGCCAAAGGAGUUGGAUGUCGUGAAGAAAGACCCGGUUUUUCAUCAGAUUUUUAAGCUCCAUGAGAAUGGUCUUGGAUACUCUGCGAGGGUGAUACACAGCUUCUUGUGUAGGGAGCUGGUGACUUUCUUACAGCACGAGCUAUGGUUUGUCUUUGCGAGGAGACCGCUUCGAUUCUCAUUGCAAGAGUUCCACGCCGUAACCGGGUUUGAAUGCGAUACUCACAUUUCGAUUGAGGAGUUUGAAGAGUGGAAAUAUGAUGGUGGUUUCUGGAGCAAGGUUUUGAGGAGAAAAGAUGGAACAAUUACACUCUUCAACCUGUGGACUAAGGACAAGGAAGCUGUAAAGAAAUGGAAGAAUGCAGAUCGCAUACGUCUUAUCUACUUGGCGAUCAUUCUUUGUGUGGUAUUGGCGAGAGAUGAGAAGGCUAAUAUCCCCCUGAAGUACAUCGCGGUGGUCAUGGAUCUUGACAGAGUUCGAAGGUAUCCUUGGGGAGUUGCUGCUUAUGACCUUCUCUGCAAAUCCAUAGCCAAAAAUCGUUCCCAACUGAAGGAAAAGACCACUAGCUAUGUCUUGGAUGGCUUCUCAUACGCCUUGCAGAUUUGGGCAAUGGAAGCGGUGCCAAAAAUCGGGAAGCUUUGUGGAAAAAAGCUGGAUAAGGGUUUCAAGGACGGUCCUAGAUGCAUAAACUGGAUGGGAGCUGCGAAGGUGUCAUAUGAGGAGAUCAUUCGCUUGGAGGAGAUUAUUACACCCAAGGAUGACAUCUACCCAUACAUCUCAUGGACAGGAAAUUAUGAUGUUGUCAAAGCUCAGGCGUUUCGCAGAGAUGAUGAUGUGGAGGAUGACAGAAUCAAGGUUCUGAUGGAGAUGAUAAAGAAGGGGCAUGAUUUUAGUGAGCAUGUUUGGGAAACUGAAGAAAAUGAAGUGAUUUCUUUAUCUCUCGAUGACGAAUCAGCUGUGAAUGAUGAAGCAAGCGUGAAUGUUGAAGCAGCCGAGAGUGAUGACGACUUUCAGACUCCGAAAGGAUCAAAAAACGUUGGUUCUAGAUCAAAGAGGGGUAAAACGUUGGUUCUAGAUCAAAAAACGUUGGUUCUAGAUCAAAGAGGGGUAAAAAACGUUGGUUCUAGAUCAAAAAACGUUGGUUCUAGAUUAUUUCAUUGUUGUCCUUUGGGAUCUCAAAAGGUUAGUCAUGUUAUCAUAUAACUGUCUCGUUGUUGUCCGAUGAGAGUAGAAUUAGUCAAUCUAAUUGUGUAUUGGAUGUUACUGAUGAAGGACAAAACCCACUUGUUCAAAUGGACUGACAAGUCAGUUGUUGAGGAGAUUGAAGACUUCCAAGACCUGUUUGACGUGUUACUCGUUGACAAUUCCGAGUUUCAGAAAUCAGUGAGAGCUGGUGAGGCCAUGAUGACACGCCAUGAGAGUAGAAUUCAAGAGAUGGAAGAUGCAAUGUGCCAUUGCGAAGAGAAGACCUCGGAAUGCAUUAGGGAACUUAGGGGCAUAAAAGCUUUGUUUGUGUGUUGUUUGGUGAUGGUCUUCUUGUACCAUAUCUAUGCAUGAUGUUCAACAAAGGCAGCGACUUCGCGCACAACUACUUUUAUGUGCUUCCUCAACUUGUUGUUUCUUAUUUUCAAAGAAGUUAAGACCAUGUUUCUUGUUAUUUCAAGGUGAUCAUCAUCUACUGAAACGAAUUAUUUUGCAAUUACUUUGGUUGUUACUAGAAUAAAUCAAUUUGUCUCUAUAGUUUAGCAAAUACCAAAUUGUCAAAUAGGUUCUUAAACAGAAGAUCAAAUUGUUUCAAAAGCAAUAAAGAAAAAAACAGAGACAGAUGCAGACACAUAACAAACUAGAUGGGUAAAUCGCAUGUUCCUCUCUUGUGUCCUUCAGUUCAACAACGGCUACACUUAUGCUUUUUAUUCUUCUUUGAUCCUUGAGAAGAUGCGAUCUUGUCUUCUACUGAUUCAUACCUUCUCUUUACUGGUCGACCAGCACUCUUUCUUGUCUUUGGUGGUAAAACCUUUGCAAGUUUAACCUCAGCAGGGACAUUCCAUUCUGACUCUACAACUGCUAUUGGAUUAAUGGAAUCUGCAUAGGCGGUUCUCCACGCUGCAGUGCUGUAUAAGGCGUCAGUGAAUCUGUGCACUUCCAUACCUGUCAAUCUCAAAAAAAACUUGAUCAAUAUGAAGUCUAUAUGAUGAAAAUCCCGAAAAUAAAUAAUUCUCAAGUAUUCAUGUGUUUAUACUUCCAUACCUCGUGAAUAAAUUGCAGGAAUGGCGUGUCGGCAAGGAAUUUUUCCUAUAUCAUACUUACCACAUGUGCAUGUUCUUCUUUCCAAAUCAACAUGACAAUCAUAUAUGUCUCCUUUUACAACCGAUCUGAAGUUGUCAACCUUGUAAACCUGGAAUCCUUUUGCCUUCACAAUUCUCCUAUCAAUCUUUCUCUCCACCUUAGCGGUUAAAGGAUCUAGAUGCUUUGAGCUUAACAAGCGACGCUCAUAGAACCAUCGAGUCAACAGUUCUCUUAUACUAUCAAGCAAAGGAAUAACCGGAUAUUCUCUAGGUAUUCUAAGAACUGAAUUUAUAGACUCUGCAGGGUUCGUGGUCCUAAUGUCAUACCUGGAACCAGGGAAGAGAGAACGAGCCCAUUUGCGCACAUCAGCCUCCCGUAGAUAUCUUCCAAGCUCAGGACUCAUAUCGAAAAUUUCGGUGAUACGUUCUUGAAAUUCAGUGUAUCUAUAUGCCCGUGAAGCCUUUUCUACCAACGCAGUCAAUCCUUUUGUCUUGAAAAAUGAGACCACAUUGGUCAAUAAGUGAUGAAUGCAAAUUCCAUGUGCUGAUCGAGGGUAGACAGUCCCAAUAGCUUUAGAAAUAGACGCAUUUCUAUCUGAGACAAAAGCUAGGUCUUGACAAUCAGCAAUAACCACUUUCAACUGUCUGAAGAACCACCCCAUGAAUCGUCAUUCUCUGAAUCAACAACCCCAAAUGCAAUCGGAUACAAAUUAGAGUUACCAUCUACAGCAGUAGCAACAAGAAGUGUCCCUUUGUAUUUAUUUUUCAGAAAAGUUCAGUCAACAACAAUCACCCUUCGCAUUGCAUUGUAGAAUCCUCUAACUGAUUGCCCAAAUGACAUAAAUAGAUACAUGAAUCUUCCCUUCUCAUUAGUUUCAUAGUGAGUAUGUGUACCAGGAUUUGCUUCUUUAAUCAUAUGCAAAUAUGCUGGUAUUUUAGAGUAACUGCGAUCUGGUAUACCUCUAGCAGCUGCAAUAGCAAACUCACGAGCUUCCCAAGCGUGCCAAUAAGUAAUCUCACAACUAUGCUCCAUUCUCAUAAAUUGAAUGAUGUCAUUCGGUUUUGGGCCAUCGUUUGCAUCAUCAAAUCGAUGUUGUAUCAGAGUCCCAAUUGUUCUUGCUGAUGCUGUUUUUCCGAAUUUCCUUUUCUUUGAAGGAGCACAUGAAUGUCUUCCAUCACAUUGGUUGAUCAUGAAAUAUGUAGACCCAUAUAUUCCUUCUGCACGCACAGUCCAGUUGCACAAUGCAUCUUUACAUCGAAUAUACCACCAUUUUCUCGUGGAUUUGAUAACAGUGUAAUCGAAAUUAUUCUUCAUCGCUAAAAUUUCCAUUGUUGCCUUCAGAACCCCUUUACUUGUGAAAAUUUGAUCCUUCUUCACGAAGUCUCCUCUCCAAGCUCGACCAUCCUUAUCACUGUCUCCAUUGUUUUGACAAAGUUCAAUGUUUUUACUCCUUCAAGGACCGCAACCAUCUGCAGCGACAUGAUUCGUUCUUUUAACAAAAGACUCCUUUGACGGCUUGACAAACUCUGCUCGAUUUAUCUCAGGAACUUCUUCAUCCUCAACAUUACUUGAAUCACAAGGCUCCUUAUUCAAAUCGAUAUUGACUCGUUCCUUUUGAUUUACACCAGAAACAGAGAACAUCACACACAAGGUAGUAGACGAUUCCCUCUUUGCAUAGCCCACAAAAUUAGAUGCUUGCCGAUCAUUGGUGAUAAUAAUAGGAGGAUUCCCUUUUUGAUUCAACAACGAAUAACUGAACUCGACAUUAAUGGCAUUAUGGUCCACCCCAUAAUCCUCACACACCAUUAUCUUGAGUUGCUUCAACGUAGUAGUAGUUGCUAAUGUUACCAUUCGACCACGCCUUUCUUUGUCUACCACGAAACUCCAGUCAUCACCGCGACUACAUAUCCAUUCACCCGAUUUGACAUAGAUUAGAACCAUGUUGUAUUGAUAGAGAAAAAAGAGAUGAUUAUGUCGAUGAAGAAGAGAGAAACACAAAGAACGACGACAAAAGAUCGUGGGAGAAGGAGAAAAACGUGGGAGAAAAUAUUCUUGGAGAUAUUUAGGGAAGAUUUAGUUUAGAUUUAGGAAACAUCUUUAACCGAUUAUGGAAGUUUCCAUAUUUUUCGGAUUUCCUGUAGAAUGUAUAACCUAUGUAAGUCAGAACACAGUAGAGUAGAUGUGAAACAUAUUCUUCCCUAGGCGCCACAUAAGGUAAAAGACAGACCACAUCAUGGCUCCAAA